AUGGCAGCAGCCCGGGUGCAGCUCAAAGCGAUUGAAAAGUCUCCUACCACGAUCCAAUACCACGUCCGCGGCCCAAAAGCCAAAGAACGACCACAAUACAUAAAGAAGUUCUAUCCCAACGCAGACGCACAGCAUACAUUAUCCCAACCAUGGCUGGCAGCAACAGAUCCCGCGAUGCCUCCCUACCCAUACAACAAGAACCGUCACUUUGAGGAAGCCAACCACGGUCUCUAUGGGGGCGCUACAAUCCAGAGCGGGAACAAGAUAUCUGACGGUCGGAACAAAGGAAAGACUCUGCGCAAAUGGUACCCUAACGUUCGGGUUGAGAAGCUACAAAGCAAAGCACUUAACGUUGAAAUGAACCUGCCCUGCACAGCUCGUGUUUCCAGAACAAUAGCUAAAUGCGGCGGCUUAGACGAGUACCUUCUAGGCGAGAAGCCAGCACGUCUGAAAGAGCUAGGCAUGCUAGGCUGGAAGCUCCGUUGGCUGGUCCUCAAAUCCGAGGCCAUGAAGAAGAAACACGAGAAACAGAGAGAGAAGUUAGGAUUGACCAAAGCAAGCGGAGUCAAUGCCACUUUCGCAGAAGCAUGGCAGGAUCCCGUCGUCAGAAGCAGCAUUCUCGAGAAAAUGGUUGUUGGAUGGCAGCAGCUAAAGACCAAGGACGACAAAUUCCAGAAACAUCUCAAGCAUACCCUGAGAUGGGAGGAGAAGCUAAAACCAAUAAGAUCUCUGGACGUGUACGACCCAGCGAAAUUCGAGCUUCCUGUGGAUGUGGUGGAGGAGGAGCCGACUAAGAGGGGUCAAUUACCUCCAGUUCAGACAGGGUUUGGGAUAAUACAGGUGCAGAAUAAGCAGGGUGAGUGGAAGGGUAUAGAGAGUAGAUCUGGGCAGGGUCUGAAGAGCUUGGAGGAGGUCACUACUGCGAAUGAGGCUGAAGCUGGGGAGGACUUUUUGCAUGGUCAUGUUCCUCAGGCUUCUGAUGUUGUGGACAUUGAGCAGCCGCCGCCUGCUAUGCCCGCGUGA